GAAGAUUUCGCGUUUGCGUUUUCGUUCGCAAAAUUCUGAGGCAUUAUUACAAAUUCACAGAGAAAAUAAUUAACAACGCUCUCUCUUAUCACAAGUUUCUUAGACUCUGUUCCGAUUUUCAAUACAUCGUCGGAACCAAUAAAACGCGGGGUCAGUUUUGGAGGUCAAUAUGGCUGCGAUGCUGUAUAAAUACAAAAUGGCAGAGUUUGGUCCUGACUCUGGCGGACGAGUGAAGGGCAUAUCAAUCAUCAAACCAGUUGUGUAUGGAAAUCUUGCAAGGUAUUUUGGAAAAAAACGAGAAGAAGAUGGCCACACCCACCAGUGGACAGUCUAUCUCAAACCAUUCAGGAAUGAGGAUAUUUCAGUAUAUGUUAAAAAGAUUCAGUUUAAGUUGCAUGAAAGUUAUCCAAAUCCCUUGAGAGUGCUAACAAAGCCACCAUAUGAAGUUACAGAGACUGGAUGGGGAGAAUUUGAAGUUGUUAUCAAGAUAUUUUUCAAUGAUCCAAAUGAAAGACCAGUCACGCUUUAUCAUUUACUAAAACUUUUUCAAUCAGAGACAAAUAUAAUGCUUGGGAACAAAACAUUAGUAGCAGAACAGUAUGAUGAACUUAUAUUUCAAGAUCCAACACAAAUGAUGCAGCAAUUGCUGACAAAUACGAGGCAACUCACGCUGGGAUCACAGAGACAUGAAACAGAUUUUGAGGAAGUGGAAAGAAAAACGCUCAACUCCAUAAUUUCAGCCAAGAAAAAAAUACGCUUUGAAAUCUCUGAAUUGAAUGAAAGACUAAAACAGAGCAAGGAAGCCAUACACAAAUUUAGAGAUGAAAUAAAAAAACUUGAAGAGCAGGACGGUGAGAAGGAUGACAUCAUCGGUAUGUGAUUGGCAUUUUAGUGCUACUAUUCAGUGGUGUUUAGGACAGAAGACGUUGAUGGAAUAAUAAUCACUGUUAAUCAUCUACCAGCAUUCUACACUUUCCGUCACGUAUCUGAUGUUAAAAUUGUAAAACAUUCAAGAAGUGUCUUGGUUUUUCUGGUGGCUUUGUCAUGUUCCGUCAAUAGACGCUCUGUGUUCUGAACAAUUACAUUAUCACAGCGUAUAUUUAUCCAUUGUACAUGGAUUCUGAAAAGCUGGCUUAUGGGAAUUACUGUAAUGUAUUAUGAGAGAUACAGCUUACAAUUUGGCCUGACAACAGUCUGUGAACUCCAGCUUACGGACAUCGUUGGAACUACAUAAACAAUUCUAAUAUUGAACACCAAAGUCAACCGGUGUCACCUUUCAUAGACAAAAUCUAUUGUACUAUUAUACUUUCAAAAUUUUUGAUUGGGACAUGUUGACAAUAGAAAUUGUCUUUCAAAAUAAACAAAGAAAAAUACAUUGCUAAAUAAAAUGUAAUGUUGUCAUCA